AACAUGAGUACCUUUGUUAUUUAGUCAGAGAAAGAACUUAUGAUUGUGUUAUAAAUGCAAAGCGUGGUAUGAAGUGAAUGCGGCGGUUUCUACCAAUUCAUAACCACCGAAAUUUCUGAAUCGAUCUGUUGUUAGUUGAUUUCACGUUGUUUUUGGAGGAAUAUCUGCUACGCGACAGAUAGUUGUCUGUCUAUUUUCAUGGACACACAGCACUUGUAAAUGGUACGGAACCAAUAUAUUUGUGAUGUAAAUUCAGUAGGGAUAUUGCAGUGGAACUAUUAAGCGGAAAUAAAUGCUCUACCAAACAUUUUUUUCGAUGCAACGUAUUUUAUUCGAUUAAACGGGAAUGAAGAUGAAUGGAUGCAAUUGAGCAAACCAUAGCAAUGGAUUUAAAUGUGAUGAAUAUAUAUAAUUAAUUUUUAGUGUUUGGAUUAUUUAAUUCGUAUUUUACAGGAAUUAAUCAAGACUUAGUGUUGAUUUGUUUUUCAUGAUACAGUGUACUUUCAUGGUGAAAGGCACUUAAUUAAUAAAAGUGUGUUUUUUUUCUUUUUAAGAAAAUCAAAAAUUGAAGAUAAGUGAUAUAAGAUUAACAAAGAAAAAAAGGUGAAAAAAAAUGGGUUUUUUAUGGAAAACCUGCUAAAUUCCAGUAAUAAGCAAACUAUUUCAAUUUUCUAGCGAUUAAGCUUAAUAUGCAAGUAUUUAAUGCUUUAUCAAUUGUUUUACUCUUGUGUGUGCGGAUUUUAUUUACUUAAAUAGAAUAAUAAACAAUCUUUUUCAAAAAUAAGAGGGAAUGUUAAGCGUUUUGUUAAAUGCGUACUACUAGUAUAUUUGUUAUAAUGUAUAUUCAUUUCAUCUAAGUCUUAAAUACCGACAUUUUUUUUUAAUCGCAAAAAAAAAAAAACGAAUUGAAAUGAGGUGAACAUUCAGUAUAUUAUAUAAAAAUAUGCCGUGUUUUUGAAAUGUGAUUUCAAUUUUAUGUGUUACAUACAGAAAUUUCAUUCUAGGAGAAGUAUUAUAAAAUAAUUCUCUGUUACGAUUGGAAAUUGUUGGAGCCCCCGAAGUGAAUUAAUUUUGUCAAUUCCUGCGGUUUUUCUAAAUGAAUGAGUGUGUAGACAUGCAUUGAGGAAUUACAAAGUGAAGAUCUGAUCCGAAUAUUUAAUGCAUGAACAAACAGGAGUAAGCUGAUUUUCCGAAAUAGCACCAUGAAUAGGAGUUAAUAUCAUUGUGUUUUUAAAGAAAUAUUGUGGAAGAUAUUUAAUCUAAAUGAUUGUGUGUAAUAGUUUACAUUUUGCAUGCUCAGCAUGAGCGUGAAAAUUAUGAACUGGAAGCACAGGAAGCGUCUAACAUCCUAUUAUCUGCUCGCGUUGGUUCUGAUUCAAAUGGUUAGCGUUUUGGCGGGAAGUCGACAGAUGGUCAUAGGUGGUCUUUUUGGGGACGAUGAGCAGGAGAAUCUUAUCAAUGCCUUUAAGUACGGUGUAUACAAGGUCACUCAUGAGCGACUUCUUCCAAAGCUUCAGCUGCUUGAUGAUAUCCAACGCCUUCCUGUAAAUAAUAGAUUUGAAGCUUCAAGAAAAGUCUGUGAUCAGCUAGCACAACACAUUAUAUGCACAUUUGGCCCAUUGAAUCAAGACGUUGCUGCUUUUACAGGCUCGGCUUGUUCGAGCCUCCAUAUUCCACACAUCGAGACGCGGGUAGACGCAAGCACCAUUCCACCAUCGCCAUAUACAAUCAACAUUCAUCCAGAUACAGAGCUGCUCUCGAGAGCCGUUCUGGAUGUCAUCAAAGGUUUCGGCUGGACCGAAAUGCUCAUUCUUUACAGCAGUCAUAUAGGUUUAUUAAAAGUUCAGUCUUUAAUUCGUGCUACAAAUGAGACAUCGGACAUGUCCGUAAUUGUCCGACAGGCAGAUCUUCGGAACAUGCGGGCAGUUCUGAAAGAAGCCAAAAAGAAGCACUGGCGUCAUAUCAUUGCAGAACUUAACAUCACAGAAACUACAGUCUUCUUAAAGAUGGCAUUGCAGGAAGGAAUGAUCGAUUCUUAUCACCACAUCGUCAUAAACAACAUGUUCCAGUGUGCACUAAUAUUCGAUGCGGUUUAUUUAUUCGCCCAUGCUUUGAAGGAACUUGAAAAGGGUAUGAGUAUUACGCCACCAAACAGCACAUGUGAUGAGGUUAACCCAUGGAAAGAAGGACGGACGUUGUACAAUUUUCUUAAUGCCGUUCAGGUAAACGGUUUAACGGGGCCAAUAAGAUUAAACCAUGGACGGAGACUGAACUUUAAACUGGAUAUCAUGGAGCUAGGAGAGGAAGGCUUGCAGAAGACAGGAACAUGGGCACCGAGUUACGGAGCUAAUAUUACAUUAAGGCGUUUUCAGUCUCCUGGAGUUUUUGGGAACAAAACUUUAAAUGUAUCUACAUUACUGGAACCUCCAUAUGCAAUGUUACGCAAAGAAACCGUAAAAGGAAAGCCAUUGUCCGGUAAUGACCGAUACGAAGGUUUCUGUAUAGAUCUUCUUAGUGAAUUAGCAGCGAUUGUCGGAUUUGAAUAUACAAUAGUUCCCGUACCGGACGGGCGUUAUGGAGUUAGAAGCGAGGACGGACAUUGGGACGGUAUCGUAAGACAGCUUAUAGAUCGGAAAGUCGAUUUGGCAGUAGCUGCGCUUACGAUAAGUUAUGAGAGGGAACAAUAUAUUGACUUCACAAAACCAUUCCUUAAUCUUGGUAUAAGUAUACUUUUCAAAAUGCCAAAACGCGAAAAGCCCGGAUUAUUUUCUUUCAUGAAUCCAUUAGCCAUAGAAAUAUGGAUAUACAUAGUUGCCGCAUAUUUCAUUGUCAGUGUGACUAUAUUCGUACUCGCUAGAUUUAGUCCGUAUGAAUGGUACAAUCCACAUCCGUGUAACCCAGAAACAGACACUGUAGAGAACACGUUUACGUUAUCCAACAGUCUUUGGUUUUGUGUGGGGACUUUAAUGCAGCAAGGAUCAGAUAUCAAUCCGCGAGCUGUUUCCACGAGGAUUGUGGGAAGCACGUGGUGGCUUUUCACUCUUAUCAUCAUAUCAUCAUACACUGCAAAUCUUGCAGCAUUCUUGACAGUAGAAAGAAUGGUUUCGCCUAUAGAAAGUGCAGAAGAUCUCGCUAAACAAACAGAUAUAUCAUAUGGGACACUGUCCGGAGGGUCUACAAUGUCUUUCUUUAGGGAUUCCAAUAUCGAAACAUAUCAGAGAAUGUGGAACUACAUGGAAAACAAAGAUGACCCAAGUCCAUUUACAAAGGACGUACAAGAAGGGGUUACUCGCGUGAUGAAGGGAGGAUACGCCUUCUUAAUGGAGUCCACCACUAUUCAAUACAUCACGCAAAGGAACUGCAAUCUAAUGCAAGUGGGCGGCUUGUUGGAUUCGAAAGGUUAUGGAAUAGCGACUCCCAUGGAUUCGCCUUUAAAAGACAAACUUUCCAUGGCAAUACUUAACCUACAAGAGGAUGGAAAAAUUCAAAUGCUGUAUAACAAAUGGUGGAAGAGUACUGGGCAGUGCAACGUCAAUGACAAAAAAGAAUCUAAAGCUAGCUCUCUCGGUGUUGAGAACGUCGGCGGAAUAUUCGUUUUCCUUAUCGGUGGAUUAUCUUUGGCCGUCGUAAUAGCAUUCAUUGAGUUUGUUUGGAACUCAAAAACAAACGCCAAUGAGGACAAGCAAUCUCUGUGUUCGGAAAUGGCGGAAGAACUUCGAUUUGCAAUUCGAUGUCCUGGAUCUUCUAAGAAACACAAGUCGAAGAAAAAAAUGUGCCUACAUUGUAAAUCUAUCACUCACAAUUCUGACUGUCCCUUAAAAGUGAUACGCAGUGAAUCUGUGAACGGUGUCGUGCAUAUGAAGGAUAGAAGACACUCUCGCGAGGUUAUACAUACGGGUGAUUAUGAAUUGGACUAUCUACACGAUAAAUGUGAUUUUGGCGCAGGUGGCUAUUUACACGUUGAAUAUAGUGAUACUGACAGCUGAAUGUGAUAGAUUUUUUUGUUAAAUUUGAUAUAUUUUAAUUUGUUCAGAAAGUGAUGUAUUAUCUCAAUAAAGACGGAUUGUCCACAACUUCGUGUGACUUUCAAAAUUAGCCUUGGAAGCCAACAACGAUAUAACGUAUAUUAUAACUCCAGAGUGAAUUUUACUUACACUUACCGCCGGAUUAAACCUACAAAAUUUCAAACCUUAAGUUUAUACUACAAGUCUAAAAUGCACUUGGACAGACAAUACAAUUUUCGUGUUUUUGCAUUACAUGUGAUGUAGAUUGGAGAAAUGAGCCGACCAAAGUUAUUCUGGUAGCCAUAGAAAUGAGAUAUACAAACAGUUUUCAGCGAGGCAGAUGUUCGGUGCUCUUUAACCAGAUUUUCAGAAUAUGGCCAUGGCGUCUGUCUAAAGAAUUCACAUAAAACUUUUCCUGAAAUACUAGGACGCAAUGAUAAAUCUUACUGUCCCAGAUGGAGUUAAUAUAAUUUUUCAUGGGGCCAAUAUUGACUAAAUCACAGCAAUCGUUUUACUAUCUUUGGAAUGUUGUAUAUACCAGUUUAUUCAUUAUAUGUUUAAUUCACAGAUUCGUUCAUACCAUUUGCUUAACCGAUCACUAGAAUUAUUAUUUUAUUUGCGGUACGUACGCUGAUCCUGGAAAAUAACCUACACGUUUAUAUGGUCUAGAUUAUUUACAUUUGUGAUGUCUAUUUCUUAGAAAUGUAAAUUCAAUAAAAGUUGUAAACUAAAUCUAAAACUACAAUUUCCUAAAACAGUUUUAUAUAAAUAAUCAUUGUUUUUCCAUUUAUCCGAAAAUAAUAUAACAUUAAUGACCUAUAAUAGUUCUGGGAAGAUUAUAUAUAGGCUUUUUUAUUAUUAGUGUGUUGCUCAUAGAACAUAAUGUGAAAACAGUCCACUAUAGAUUGGGUAACUUUUGCGUUGCUCUCUUUUCACGAUUUGAUAGACAAGAAACUUUUUAUCUUUAUUAACAAACGAGGCCUCGUAGAUGCAUUUUCCUACUUGAAAAUACUUUUUUUAUCAUUCAAGGCAAUUUGAAAAUCUCGCGUCUUCAGCUAAAACUCUGUGAAAAGUUUCUUUGGAAUAUUUAACACAACUAAGCAACAUACAUGCAACCUUGGUUGGAUUGAGUCUAUUGAUAAUAAGUAAUUAAAUGUGCAACUUCCAUCACGCCCCCACUCCCACUACCAGAAUCGGCUUAAGCGGAAUUUUAUUACGGUAAAGAGGAAUGUUCUCUAUGAUCCAAUAGGACAAGGAAAUUUAACAGUACUUGGUCCAAGUACCGGUCAACCCACGGCAGUUAAAAGCCGCUGUUGUAAAGGUUAAUAAAUCUGUCAAAACCCUUUAGAAGGCAACCAAGCAACAUUAUUGCAGACUCCGUUUGACUGAGUCUUUUCACGAGGGUUCAAGAAAUAUGCAACUCCCCUCACGUCCCUUUGCACCCCUAAGGGGAAUUAUGAAACAGCAUAAUAAUUGAAUAUUCACCAUGAAUCUCUCGCUACCAUGAAUAUCUCGCUACCAUGAAUCUCUCGCCACCAUGAAUCUCUCGCUACCAUGAAUCUCUCGCUACCAUGAAUCCCUCGCUACCAUGAAUCUCUCGCUACCAUGAAUCCCUCGCUACCAUGAAUCUCUCGCUACCAUGAAUCUCUCGCUUCCAUGAAUCUCUCGCUACCAUGAAUCUCUCGCUUCCAUGAAUCUCUCGCUACCAUGAAUCUCUCGCUACCAUGAAUCUCUCGCUACCAUGAAUCUCUCGCUACCAUGAAUCUCUCGCGCUACCAUGAAUCUCUCGCUGCCAUGAAUCUCUCGCUACCAUGAAUCUCUCGCGAAUAUUACCGUAUCUAUAUUUCAUGGAAAAUCAUUAUUAGUGCAAAACUGACAAUUGCGAUAGUUUCUCGCCGAAUCAUCUCAUGUCAUUUUAAACAUUUUUAUACUCGUGUUUAUGAAUUUCAUAUAUUGUAGUUUAAAUAUUAUUUAUCAUUUAAAUUGUUAUUUUAUUUGAAAUAUACUGAAAACGAAUGUAUAAGUUUUGUACACUAAUCACCUUUUAUCUUUUUUAAAACUUCUUUAUGUUUUGAUAUGAAUUAUGGUAAUUGUUUAGUUAUGUUAUUUUCAGAUUCUCAGUUUAAUGCAAAUACGAUUUUUCAUUAUCUUAACGACAACUUGAAUAGAAAACGAUUUUCGGUUUAAUAUUUAGGAGUGAAAAUAUAUACCCGAGCGCAAAAUCUGUUUUACAUUGUUUAAACUAGCAUAUGCCAAUUUUCCUUUACGUUGUCAUUAAUUCAAACAUAUGUUGAAGAGCGUUCAGAAUAUGGAGCCACUAUUUAAAGGCAUUACCGAUUAAAGACUAAUGUGCAUUUGUGUGAAUAUCGUGCAAUAUAUAUUAAUCAAUGAGUUGAUGUGGGCGUAGGAUCGACAGGGAGCACAGCCUUGUGCAACUGUUUGAUAUAUCAUGAGUGUUCAUCAGGAAAUAAUGUCCUAUGUAAUUCGUUAGAAUUUGGACGACUUUCUCUGUUUUCUCCAAAUGCGUAAUCUUAAUCAGUGAAAAUCUAUUAGCGAAAGGUUUUGUAUAUUGAUUGUCUUUUUGUGGGAUCUGUUUAUUGAUGGAAAAUCUAGGGAAUGUAUAUAAAAAUCUGAACUGUUUGAUAUAUCAUGAGUGUUCAUCAGGAAAUAAUGCCCUAUGUAAUUCGUUAGAAUUUGGACGACUUUCUCUGUUUUCUCCAAAUGCGUAAUCUUAAUCAGUGAAAAUCUAUUAGCGAAAGUUUUUGUAUAUUGAUUGUCUUUUUGUGGAAUCUGUUUAUUGAUAGAAGAUCUAGGGAAUGUAUAUAAAAAUCUGAAUUAUAUAGACUGCUGGUUAAAAAUGCAGAUGAUUACUUACAUUUAUGCUAAUUUAAAGAGCGUGUUGUCACUUACAUAGAAAGAAUGUCAGGACAAAACGUUUUAUUUUGUAAUUUUUUAAUCUAAUGCAGUUUAUGUUCGAUUCAUACUUUUUAAACAAAAGGCUUAUUGUAACAAAAAGUUAACCACUUUGACAUUGGGGACAUUGCAUUUUAUAUACAUUCUUUUGUUUUGAAAAAGCAGGAAUUGUCUCUAUAUAUUGCAAACAAAGAUGUUCAGUUAUGUAGAGUAUUACCUUGUUAUUUUGAUGACGGCAUUUAACUGAUUUAUUCUUUGACGUAAGCCACAUAAACACAUAUAUAAACCUAUAUUUUCUAAAGAACAAAUGUUGUUUUAUACAGUUAUGUCAAUAUUGUUUCUUUGGUGUCUUUUCUUAACUUCACUCGUCACGACUUAAAUAUUAUUUUGUGAAAUACAUUAUUGUAAAACACUUGGUUCUUUUUCGUAACAUUUGAAUGUAGUCUUAUAUUGUGAAAAAGAAAUACAUUGUCAUGUAAUUGUCGUAAAUUUAUACUACAUUGCCUAAUUCUAUAACUUUUAAAUUGUACUUUACACUCUUUUGCAAAAAUAAAAUGGACUUUAAUGUGAACUUGUUUUUCAGUAAAACCAUCAGGCAUUUGAUAUUUCUUAAAUUUUCAAAUAAACAUUUGUUCUUGAGUUUAUUAUAAGGGUGCGUAUUGCCAUGUGAAAAAAAUCUUUCUGUAAUUUAUUGUUAAUUUUUGCAUUUAGUAAAACGUCGUUAAGAUAACAGCAUAUAACAGAAAUAAUAACGUAUACAUAUUCUUCAAGAAAAAAAUUUGAUUUUGGUUACUGUUAAUUGCUUUGAAUGACCUCUGGUCUAGAAGAUAUCUUGACAUUGAACAAAAAACUCGGCAUCUUCGUCAUGUGUUUGUUCCUUAUAAUUACAACAGAAAUAUUUUGUCGUUUCUCUUAGCAGUAUGGAUAUCUGAAAUGCUUUUUAUAUUAUGAGCAGUCUAUUAUUAAGCUUAUUCGAGUAUGAUAUGAUUUAUACGUGCUAAAUUAUAAAUAAUCAUUGCUUAUAUUUCUUAACCAUUCUAAGUUACAUCACAAUGAUAUCUAAUGAAUUCUAAAUCAGAAUGUAUCAUGUUAACUUUUUUAUUAGUUUAACAGGAGCGGGUCGUGACGAAUGAUAGCCAACAUGGUAAAUGUCAAAUGUAUGGACAUUCUUUUAUUCAAUCAGUCAUUUAUAUAAAAUUGAUAUAAGUUUUGAGCAUUGCAUGUACAUGUUACUCUCUCAUUAUCAAAAGAAGUAAAUCGGGAACAAAACACAUCCUUAUUGUAUUUAUUUACAUCAGCAUUACUUCGUUCAUUAAAAUCGUUUUUAUUUUGUAUAUAAUGUGGAUAAAACUGUAUUUAAAAAUGUCUUCAUUGAUUUGUUGAAAUAUGUCACGUUUGUACAA